AGAGAACGUCGAUCCUCAACAAGAUGGACGAUGCGUCAAACGAAAGCUCACAGAAUGUUACUGCUAUUUGGCAACGUAGAGUUUACUCUAGUUUUCACAUUUUGACAGGGAUAGAGACAGUGAUUCUAUAUCGGAGUGGGAGAAGGGACCUUCUGACGUACCUAGGGGAGGAGACCCGUCACCAGGGGGAGGAGCUACGGCCGAACAAGGUACCCAAAAAGUACGCUCGCCACGCUUCGGGCACGGUGGCUCGCUUCGCUCGCCACCUAAUUACUAAAGGUAAUAGUUGGUGGUCUGGAUACUAGAGCAACUGUCCCGCUGGCGUAGCUCCUCCCCCUUGUGUCGUGGCUCCUCCCCCUGACGGAAAAGGUCCCUUAGGCCACUUGGAUCUAGCCUCAACCGUCAGGUGUCCGUACGUGGCCGGCGCAGAUGUAUGAGAAGCCGGAGAGACUGAGGCAUAGAUAGUUGCAGCUGACAGUUCUUCAGCCAGAUACAGCAGGAGAUUGAAGUCCUGCUUUUACAAAAGACAAAUGUUGCUAAACCCAGUCAUUUCAAAGCUGGCAGGGAAGAGGGUGGUACUGGCCAGUGCAUCUCCACGGAGGCAAGACAUACUUUCCAAUGUGGGCCUUCGCUUUGAAGUAGUGCCUUCUUGGUUCAAAGAGACCCUUGAUAAGUCUUUGUUUGGUGCACCCCAUGAAUAUGCUGUCGAAACCGCUAAACAGAAGGCAUUGGAAGUGGCCAGGAGAAUGCAUGUGAAACACCUUAAAACUCCAGAUAUUGUCAUUGGUGCAGACACUAUAGUGACCCUGGAAGACGCAAUCCUUGAGAAGCCAUUAGACAAACAAGAUGCAUAUAAUAUGCUGUCAAGGUUGAGUGGCAAAGAACAUAGUGUCUUUACGGGAGUUGCAAUAGUGCAUUGCAGAAGUCAAGAUGGUAAUAAUAAACUGGAGACUGACAUUAUUGAUUUUUAUGAGGAAACCAAAGUUAAGUUUGCAAAUUUAUCGGAGGAUCUUCUUUGGGAGUAUAUUGACAGUGGAGAGCCAAUGGACAAAGCAGGUGGCUAUGGGAUCCAGUCUCUUGGAGGAAUGUUAGUAGAGAGUGUACAUGGAGACUUCCUAAAUGUAGUCGGUUUUCCCCUGAAUCACUUCUGCAAAAAACUUGUGGAGCUCUACUACCCACCACCUAAACAAGCCAUACAGAGGGUAAAGCAUGACUCUAUUCCUUAUGUGGAGAGCUUUGAGAACCUCAGUGAUGUGGAAAAAGACUGCUCUUCUCCCAGCAAAACUCUUGAGGGGAAGAAAGGGCUUAAGAAGUUUGUUUGUAGCUCAUCUAGUUCUGCAUCCUCUUUACCCUAUACUACAGCUCUUCAAAAUGGCAUUAAAGAAAGUCCCAGACAAAAGCAGCUACCCUUAAAAAUAAAUGAACUUCUGGAUGGCUUUAAAGAAUCUAAGACAUUGUUUGCAGCAUCUAAACUGAAGGUCUUUGAUAAGUUGAAAGAUAAAGGUGCGCUGAAGGCCAUGGAAAUUGCGGAAAAGAUUAAUGCUUCUGUACAUGGAACUGAAAGGCUUCUUGAUGCCUGUGUUGCCCUUGGCCUGCUGGAGAAAACUCAUCAAGUGUAUAGUAACACCGAGCUAGCCGACACGUAUCUGGUUACAGAUUCAGAGCUUUCAAUCCAUGCAUAUAUUCUUCACUUAAAUGACCAUUUAUGGUCACACUUUACACAUCUGGAGUCUGCAGUGGUAGAAGGAAAAAGCCAUCCAAAAAACACCUGCGAGAAGAUGUCUGAGAACUUGCAUGGAUCUGAAGUCAAGGAGCGCUUCAUGAGGGCGAUGCACUGCAUGCUUAAAAUCACCGCAAGAGAUAUAGCAACAGCAUUUGACCUUUCCAAGUACCCUUCCGUGUGCGACCUAGGAGGCUGCACCGGUGCCCUUGCUCAUGAAUUGGUUCAGAUAUACCCAGAAAUGAGAGUCAAUGUAUUUGAUCUACCUGAAGUUAUUAAAAAUAUUUCUCCUUUCCAGCCUGCAAAAUUGUCCAGUCAUGUGACAUUUACUUCAGGUAACUUCUUAGAAGAUGCUCUUCCUGAGGCUGAUCUGUACAUCCUAUCAAGGGUCUUGCAUGAUUUGCCAGAUGCAAAAUUAAACCACAUUUUGAAGAAGUUAUCGGUAGCUUGUUGUCCAGGCAGGAAAGCCUUGCUUAUUGCAGAAAUUGUUCUCGAUGAAGACAAAAAGGAACCACGAGCACUGUUACAAGCCCUCAGCAUGAGUGACGGGAAGCAGAGAAGUGGAACAGAAUACAAGAAACUUCUAGGAAGUCAUGGAUUUAAUAGUGUGGAAAUCAAGAAAACAGGAAAUUUACUAGAUGCAAUACUAGCUAUAAAAAGAUAAUUGUUUUUAGUUAGGCUUGUCAGCGGAAUUCAAUUAGCAAUGGUAGAUUACCACGGGCUAAUUAAUUCCCUGGUUCUAUACAAUUAGCCUUAAAGCCAGGAGUUAUCAGCAGGUCGAACAAAAAAGUCCUCAAUCUCGGGGAUUAACAGGUGCCACAAUCCUGUUAACACACACAUUUGUGAGCUUUUUACAGAUCUUGUGUGUUUACGGCCAUUAACAAGUUAAGUUAACAGGUGUUAACAAUGAUAUUGGCAGAAAUUGGUAGUGCACUUGAAUGGUCCUAGGCAUUAAAGCCCAAGGCUACCUCCCGUUUUCACCUGUGGUAACUUAAUUCUCCCUUUAGUCUUUUAUAUAAGUGGAUAUUGUCUUUGGAACAUAUACUGUAAUAAAUAAUUUCCGUAAAAAAGCCAAAUAAAAUAUAAAAAAAUUUA